AUGGGUUGCGCGCGCUCUCCUUGCGCGAUACCCCACCGCAUCGAUGCCGUUUUGCAGGAAGCUGCCGCCCUAACAAACCUCUUGGAGAUUUGCCAUCAAUUUCUCACCGAACACGCUCGUAAUCAGCGAGCCGUCGACACGCAUCCGACAAUCUCGCGCCUAUUGAGCUCGCCGCCAUCACAAUCGCCACCAACAAGCGGCGGCGCGACGAAAUACCGAAACAUUCGAUGCGUCGUAUGCGACGAAUGGGUGUGCGCGCGGAAUCGCCGCAAUCACAUCGAGGCGCACUUCGACUAUCGGCCGUUCGCGUGCGCGAUUUGCGGUUUUCGGCGACGCCGUCAGAUUUUCGUGCAACACCAUAUUCGGAGGGCGCAUCCGGACGUCGGCGGCGACGACGCGCUGCUGAUAUGCGAGAACGCCGAAAUCGCGAGAGAAGUCGAUCGAUUGGCGCGCGAAAGCGAGACGUCGACGCAUCGUCGCCAUCAACUCGUCGAAAAAAUGCCGCUGCUCGUAAGGCGACUCCGCCUACCGUAA